AUGACCAAGGACGACUGCAGCUGCACUUUUUCUCCGUUCCCCUCCCACGUCGAAAUGUCGCCGUCCACUAUUCCUUGCUUUCACGGAAUCGACGCGAUCCCACGCAAGCCCGCUGCUGAUCAAGGCAGCAUCUUAGAAACAGGCAUCAUGCGCUCAAACUUCGAUGAGCAGCAAGAGGACUGGCCUGAAGCCAGCUUGGAAGAAUCCUUCAACCUCCCUCGCAGCAUCUCGAGGAUUGGGAAGAGGCUGCUUCAGUCAUCGAUCGAGGCGGACGGAAGCUGGACGGUGAUAUCUGCAAGCUGGUAUGAUCCAACGGCGAGGAGGAUGUACAACCAAAGCAUCUCGAGGACAACGGCAAGCUGA